AUGCGCCUCACCAAGGCCCCGCGGUGGAGGGCGGCGAGCCGCAACUCGGACAAGGCCUCCGUCCUCACUCUGCUGGGCAUCUCUGAGCUCCUCAAGAUUCGCGGGAAAUGGUCGCUGGCACUGCGUCUGGGAAACUUUGCCUUGAAUCAAUCCCGUGGCCUGGGCACCCUCACCGAGGGCCUGGCGCUGUUGAGCGUCGGCCAUGCCUACCGCAACCAAACCCCGGAGGAUUGGAUCUCGGCACAGCACCACUUGCGUAUGGCGAAGCUACUUCUCGAGGGGCUGCCGGAAAGCGAAGACCAGACAUUUUAUCUGAUGCGCGCCGUGCUGCUGCUCGGUGACACCCUUGUGCGCCGCGAGGACAUGGGUGACAUUGCCGAGGCGGAGGAGCUGGCCCACUUGGCGGAGAGGUUACUGCGCAAGAGCAGAGAACGACCUGGCAAGACCUUUCGCUGGACGUUAUUCACAGGAUCAUGGCGCGACUUUUGCUUGCAUUCAAUGGUCGAGUUGGGCGAGAUCUACUACUACACCAGCCGUUGGGCAGAAGGCGAGAAGCUGCUGCGCGAAUUGGUUCCCACGCUCGUGAAAAGGAGGGGCAAGCGCCACGUCACAACCAUUGAAGCGCAGCGUGAUUUGGCAAGCAUGCUGGUCAACCAGGACAAAUACGAGGAGGCCGAAAUGGCCUACCGAAUAGCCAGGGAUUGGAACGAAGACGUCCCGGUUUUCGGACAUGAAGAGAAGGCCGCCAUCGACUACAAUAUCGCCAUGUGUCUUUCGGAGCGCGGCAAAGAUAAGGAAGCGAGGGACGAGAUUGCGAAUAUGGAUCUGGCAGCCGACCUGCUGCACUACGCCAACGGUGAAUGGACGCUCAAGCUGGCACGAUUGACGAGCUUACGACUCAAAAAGUAUGAUGAGGUGAUUGGUCUGUGCAGGAGAUUCCAACGAGUACUGGACGAACACAGGGCGAGGUUCGGCAUCUGCAGCCCGGUGACCUUGAGGAAUAUGGAGGACCAUGUCACGGCGCUCAAGGCGCUUCGCAGAUGGGACGAAGCCAUCGUUAUUCUACGUGACAUGUGCAGGCGCGAAGCGAGCGACGUCGCGCGCGUAGUUGAACAGACCCUGGAAACUCGGAUCAACCUCGCACACACACUCCGUUCCGCAGGACAUCACGAGGAAGCAGCAUAUGAAUACCGCAAGUGUCUCGAGAUCGAGCGUGCAGCAUCCGACGACUACAGGGACGAGGCGCAGAUCAGGAAUAUUCUCAAGUACCUGGCGUAUCUAUACGAGCUGGCGGGCGACAAGAUGAAUGCGCUGAUUGCGUAUGCACAGCUUCAAAGAGAGUAUUGGGCCCGACCAAGUCAACACCGCAAUUUCAUCAAGUACGAGUGGUGUCGGGGCAAAAUGUUCAUGUUGCAAGGGCGAUGGGAGCAUGCGUUGAAGAUGCUUCUCAGCGCCUUGGCGGUGAAGAGGGGUGUUGAGACGGCGGUGUCCAUCAUCACCGGCUUGCCCGUCGAGGCUGUCCAUGCGAUGCAGCCAGGCCGAAGGAUACCCGAACCGACGCAGCCCGAGAUUCUCGAAGUCGACGACGAAGUGGAUGAGGACCAGAACGCUUUGGAAAAGGUCGAUACCACCGGCCAAGUGGAAGUAAAAGAGCUCGUCUUGGACGAGGAAGAAGCGGAUGCCGCUUGGGACGAGGUCGACUGGUGGGAAGAGGUCAUCAAGGACGCUGUCGACGCCGUCAGACGAGAGCAGCCAUUCCAAGCGUGCACCCCUCUCGAUGAGGCGGACUCCGAAGUCGACGACGACGAGAUCCAGGAGACGGUCGAUGCUGUUUUAACGAUGAAGAGCGGGUAUCCCGCCGUACCGGCGGGUGACGAGUGGUCGCAGCCGCAGUGGCCGAGACUACCCGAUACGUAUGAGGAGUUGGUCGUGCAGCAGAGGAGGGUGACGGAGGAGGAGAGACCAUGGGCUGCAUGA